ACAAAGCCAGCCAAAGAGCUGAGAGAAACUCACCAAAGGUUGUGAAAGUAACUUUGAGUUUUGUUCUCGGUGACAAUAGGAAGGAAUCUGCUCAGCUGCAGACUCACCUCUCUCUCUCUCUCUCUCUGCUUUGUUUUUUGCCUAGAUUCUAGAUUUUCUGCUCGUUUUAAAGACACAUUGGUGCUGUAGAAGUCAGUUUCCCCUUCCAGUACAACCAGGAGAUCCGAGAGAGUGUCCGCUCCAAACCUGGACCAUGGACAGCCUGAAAGUGUUCCUCCUGCUGAGCGUGGUCUUCGCUCACAUUUACUGCGAUGAAGACCCAUCACCGACACGAGAAAAGGACUCGUGGAACAUUGACAGCGAGAACUGGCAGGAUGAUUUGCCAGAAGACAACAAAAUCAUGCAACAGUUUGCUCGCCUGGUCAAAAGAGCAAAAUUUGAUAAAUUCUACGGUUUAAUGGGGAAACGUGCUCCCGGUCCAACACAAGCAGGUAACCCAAGCCAUAAAAGACAAAAGGAAAAUAUGUUUAUUGGCCUUAUGGGACGACGGUCUUCAAGUGCUGAGGCACCACCAGAAUGGGAACGAAUUCAGUACAACGGUCAAAGGCGCAAAUAAGUGGUACAAGUGGAAAAACAUCUGAAUGUUCUCUACACCGUUCCAACAAGGCGGCGAUUUUUGGCUAAAUAACCUGUAACUCAAUUUGUGCUUAGUUUACCAAUCAUAAACACUGACGCAAAACCUCCACUUCAAACAAAUCUUAUAUAAUUUGUCAAAGCUGUUCAGUAUUUUAACCUGUUCAUGUGAAACUUUCAACUGAGAUUUACAAUGAUCUAAGAAGCUAAAUCGAAGUGACUAUCAAUACCAUAAUCUUAAAUGCCUCAGAGCUUACACUGGUGUGACGUUCAUGUAAAAAUAAAAUUGGAUAAUUUAUUUUUGAAAUUUGCUUGCAUUUAAAAAUAUUGUAAAGUUAUAAUUGCGUGCUGGCAAUGAAUCGGGGCUCAAAGGUAUGUGUACUGUUAAUUUCAUUCGUUUGGUUUAACUACAUUUAGUUGAACUUAUAAAAAUAGGAAUUUGGUUAAAAACACUUUGACAAUAUUUGUACAGUUAUCCAGAGUUGGUUGCAGAUAUUAAGAGUCUCAAAAUUCAGAAUUCAUUGCACAAACGUAAAAUAAGUUUUGAAAUAAUACAUUUUUAAAAACACACAUCAAAUAGAAGUAUAUGAUGCAUCAAUCACAUAAUUUACAAGAUACAAAUACCUAAAGUUUACUAUUUCAUUCAAUUGGCUUUUACAUAAAGCAAAGAUAUAUUGGUUCAUUUUUCAUGUCAAGUUUUAUGGUAUAUUACCUCCUGAUUUUUUUCAAACUUCAAGGGAAGCAAUCUUCUACAUUAUUAACAAAGUGUUUGUUUUCUGUAUCUGAUUUCAAAUGAUGAUUAGUUAUGUGUCUGUUCUAUUAGACCAAU